CCAGGACUAGUAAACCUGCAUAGUAUAGAGAAUAAAAUAAAGAAAAAGCCAAUCAUAAUUGGGUAAAAAAGAAAAGAAAAACCCAUCAUCUUCGAGACAAGAAUUACUUGAACUUUGAAGAAAAAAUUAAAAAAAAAAAGAUCUAUUGAUGAAAGGGAAGUGGAAGAGUUCAAACAGAAAGCUAGGGUUGCCAAUUGCCCUUCUCUUGUGCUCACUCGCAUUCCUCUCCGGCUUGUUUGUUCCCACCUUUUUCUUUCAGGAUGCUCCGAUCAUUAGACCCAAGCCGAGAAUGCUGGAGGUGGUGCAUGAGAAGGAGUAUCGUGAUCCGAUGCCAAAUGGAGUAACUGGGGAAAGUUCGAUUGAAUCUAUUCCCUUUCAGGUUUUAAGUUGGAAGCCACGAGCGUACUAUUUUCCCAACUUUGCAACUUUGGAACAAUGUGAACGUGUGAUUGAAAUGGCAAAGGUGAACCUUAAACCAUCUGGUUUGGCUUUGCGCAAGGGAGAAACUGAAGAAAACACAAAAGGAACUAGAACAAGUUCGGGAACUUUUCUCAGUGCAUCAGAUGAUGAAACUGGGACCUUGGACUUAAUUGAGAAAAAAAUUGCAAAGGUUACGAGCAUCCCACAGAACCAUGGAGAGGCAUUUAAUAUUUUGAGGUAUGAGAUUGGGCAGAAGUAUGAUUCUCAUUAUGAUUCGUUCAAUCCAUCUGAAUAUGGUCUGCAGUCAAGCCAAAGAGUUGCAUCGUUCUUGUUGUAUUUAUCUGAUGUAGAAGAAGGUGGAGAAACAAUGUUCCCUUUUGAGAAUGACAGGAGAAUCAAAGGUUACGACUACAGACAGUGUGUCGGCCUAAAAAUAAAGCCACGAAGAGGGGAUGGACUUUUAUUCUAUUCACUCUUUGUGAAUGGCACGAUAGAUCCGACAUCUCUUCAUGGAAGCUGUCCAGUGAUCAAAGGGGAGAAAUGGGUUGCUACAAAGUGGAUUAGAGACCGAGACCAAUAUGACUAGUCGAUGCAGUUGUAAGAAUAUACAGAUUAAGAGUGUUUUGUGCUAAUUAUCAUGUAAACUUUUGUUUUGGCAAGGACAAUUCUUUAUGAAUUCACGACCAUUUUC